AUUGGCUGCCUAAUCAUCAGUGUCGUUAGGGCCUACAGGGAGUCUCCACCGUCUCCGUCUGGAUUUGUGUUGCACUGAAAACCAUGGCAGUCACGGCGCUGGCGGCGCGGAUGCGGCUCGGUGUGUGGGGCGUGAGGGCAAUGCAAGCCCGAGGCUUCGGCUCCAACCAGUCAGACAAUGUCUCCGGCGCGGGUUCGGUGAGAGAGGCCGGUGGGGCCUUCGGAAAAAGAGAGCAGGCUGAAGAGGAACGAUACUUCCGAGCAAAGACUAGAGAACAACUGGCAGCCUUGAAGAAACACCAUGAAGAUGAGAUCACUCAUCAUAAAAAGGAGAUUGAGCGUCUGCAGAAAGAAAUUGAGCGGCACAAGCAGACCAUCAAGAGACUAAAAGAGCAUGCUGAUGAUUAAGUGCACACAGUUCCCCGUAGAAUGGCUGCAUAUUGCCCACUUUUAUGAAGACAUAAUUCUGGUAAUUAAUAUCUAUCUGUGCUGCCAACAGGUUAUAAUAAAUUGUCAUCAGUGAACUGUGU